CGCUGAUCCAGUCAGCUGUCAGCUGUGAGUUAGUAUGGCGGAGGAGGAAGGCGAUGUGGCUGAGGAGGAUGUGUUCCUGGCGUUUGCCAGGCGUCCUUGUCCUCCCAGAGGUCCCCUGCGUCGGGCCUUGGACAAGGCCUUCUUUAUCUUCCUGGUCCUCUUCCUGAUGCUACUGACACUGGAGGCUGUUUAUAAGCUGCUGUGGCUGCUACCGUGGGCAAAGUUUGGGGACUGGCUCCUGAGAACACCUCAGAAGGAGGAGGAGCUGGAAUUGUGACCACCUUUCCUAUAAACAUUGUCUUCCCCUGCGACAGAGGAUGGAAUUUCUGGCUGAUUGCAGAUAUUCACAUCUUGGGGAACCUGGGUGGCUCAGUCGGUGAAGCGCCCGACUUCAGCUCCGGUCGUGAUCUCCGGUUCUUGGGUUCGAGCCCCA